AUGAUAAAUGCAUUCUUGUCGAUGUUCACCAUUCUAUGGUUACCUAUCGGGAUUUCAGCAGCUGUAUCUUGGCCACUACCACGAAAUGUGUGCACGUCCUCGGUUGCUUUAGUGAAUACUUCGAAACCAACAACCAUUGUUGGCACUGGUACACCUGCUUCAUGUAAUCAAAGUGCAUUGUCUGCUGCUCUUGUCAAAGGUGGUAUUAUUACAUUUAAUUGCGGUAGUGGACAAAACAUAACUAUUAAUAUUAAUGUGUCUUUACAAGUGUCGUCAGUCAACGAUACCAUCAUUGAUGGAGCAGGUAUUGUGACAUUGAAUGGCUUAGGAAAAACUUGCAUACUGAAUUUUAAUCGAAAUAAUUUUCAACUUUCAACUCCAAAAUUGACCGUUCAACGUCUUCGAUUUAUUAAUGGUCAUUGCCAAGAUGCCAAUGUUGGUCAGGAUGUUGCAGGUGGUGCUGUGCGAACUAUAGGCGGAGGUACUACUACUGUUAACGGAAGUGUUUUUACUGGAAAUCAAUGUUCGAAUGGAGGAGGACUUGGAAUUCUUGGAAGUGGAUUGACUAUAUCCAAUAGUUAUUUUGCGACGAAUCAAGCUACGGGUAAUGGUGGAAAUCCAGGAAAUGGUGGCAACGGUGGCGCAUUAUAUGUCGAUGGACUGGGACGAAAUGUCACAAUUUGUGGAACAAGAUUUACCGGAAAUCAAGCAAAUAAAUUCGGAGGCGCCUACUUCCGCGUAUCCUACAACGGGAGUGAACAAAAUGAUUUCGAAAAUGUACUGGUAGAUAGUAAUUACGUUUCAAAAACUGUGAGCAGCCUAGCAGGCGGCUUAUAUAUUCAAGGAGGAACUAUUACAAUUCGCAAUAGUACUAUUGCAAAUAAUUCUGCAGAUGGGGGCGGUGCAAUGUUUUUGAGCAACGAUAAAUCGGUUACGUUGAAUGAUGUUAAUCUGUUGAACAACACGGCAUAUACAAGUCUUGGUGGUGCAGUUUUCUGUUCCAAUCCUGUAUCAGGCUCAUUUGCUGGUCUAACCAUAGCCAAUAAUUAUGCUGGUGCAUUCGGUGCAGCAUUUGCUUUUUGCAGUACAACAAUCACACUUUCAAAUUCCAUCAUUGCUAAUAACACUGUAGGGAAUACGUACCCUGCAAAUGCGUGCACUAGUAUGAUGAACGGUGGUCCUCGAGUAGUUCAAUCACCGAUAAACAAACAAAAACCUGCUACAGGAACAGAUGCUCUUUGUACAAAUGGAACGAUUACUAAAUCAAACAAUGUUAGCAUCAUACUGAAUAGUACAACAUGGAUUAUUAAAGGCAUUGGCGCACAGCCAGUAUACUUAGGUCCAGCUAUCAUUCCUGGUCUAUAA